CUAAUGGAAUGAAGAGCUUUGGGGUUAUAAUAGGAUGGGUUUGUGCCAUCCUUUGGUUUGCUUCACGCACUGCUGGAUUUUCACAAGGUGCAAAUCCUUCCUCGUGUUCUGAUAUGCAGCCAAAACACGUUAGAGCUCACCUUCAAAAUCCACGGAAUGUCUACAUCACAAUCCAUACCAACAAGUCUUCUUACCUUCCUGGAGACAAAGUGCCGGUGACUAUAAGAAGCACUCGUGACUUCAUGGGGUUUCUGAUUCAAGCCCGCCGAGUCUCCAAUGAUCAGAUUGCAGGCACCUUCGCCAUAAUUCCCUCUGGCUCGAAGCUGCUCACCUGUUUUGAAAAAGGAGACAGUGUCACUCAUUCAGACAAGUCACUGAAAAGAAACCUGUCUUUUGUGUGGAUAGCCCCAGAUCAUCCCAUUGGAGACAUCAAAUUUUUGGCAACUGUAGUGCAGUCCUACUUUGUCUACUGGACAAGAAUAGAAUCUCCUGUAAUUUCUGGCCAGCAGCCAAAUAAUGAGACACGCAACAUGCUCAGCAAAAUACUACCAAUGGCAUUGCAAUCUACGACCCCUGCAAAUGGGACUACUUUAUUUGAAGCAAGUAACACAGACAAUAUUCGAGUUCUGGAGAAUCUAACUGAAUCACCGACCAGCUCAGUGACUGAAAGCAGACAGAUCGUCACCUGGUAUCAUACCCAUCACACAACACUGGCAACCAAGAGACCUGAGUUGACUGCUUUAAUACUACAUUAUUCUUCGCAUGAAGCACAUAAACAAAGCUUAGGGGAGAGAACCAAAGAUGACAUCCCUUCCAGUGCACCAGGUUUAACUUUAAACUACACUAAAUUCAUGGAGGACAUCACUCCAAGUUCUGGUCGGAAUACUAAUACAGUGCCAUCUGUCAGACUGUCAACUUAUUCUAAGACUGUGGAACUGACACAGAUUCCGGUUGAAGAAACCACAAAGCAGAAUUUAGAAGGAAACAGUGCCGUUGUUUCCCCUCACAGCCUUCACUCGACUUCAAAGGAGCUUCUCCUGAAGCAUUCUGGAUCUCAGGUAGCUGCCGCUAACUUUCUGCAUCAUGUUGAACAUACCGACUCAAAAGCGAAGACAGGAGGAGUCUACAGGAAUAUAUCCCCAUUGGUAACUCUGCCUGUCCGUGAGGGUGGCAUCAAGGUUAAAGGGCAAGAUAGUUCUAACAAAGGGCAUGGACUUGGUGCUUCUCAACUUGGCAUUUUGUUGGGCUGCUCAGCAGCUCUUGGCAUGGCACUGGCUACACUGUUGCGCUACCUUCAUGUACACUACUGUCACAAAAGGACUGAAGUGUCAUUUAGUCAACCAGAAAGUAACAUCAUCACUGUCAGGGAAGGUGGAGAGCUAAUGCACGCCAGAAAGAUAAGAGAAAACAGCUUUGUGUUGGUCCAAGCAGAAUAUAAUGUAAUCACACCAUCAAUUCUUUCAGGAAAAAAAUAGUAACUCCUUCACAAAAAGUAUAGUGGUAGUCAACAGUUAUAGUUAAAUAUUUCUUUUUUAAGAGUAAGGCUGCAGUUAUUUCAGUAUGGAGAUACUUAAAUAUUUUGCUAAAUAUAUAUGUAAAAGUGUGCCAAGUUAGCAAACUAUGCAUACAUUUAGAAAAUGCUUACAGAAAUGACUAUUUUUAGUUAAAAAAGUAGAAUAUACUAAUCAUUUUGUAUUUUUAAAUAUCUACCAGUUGAACAAACUUUGUAGGAUCAUAAUCUAAGACAUAAUGAGACUGCAAGAGUUUUCCAGUCCUAAGCAGGGGGUGGUAUCAAUGUAGCAGACAAAAGUGGCACUUCUGUUGUUCUUUGUUGCACUUUCUAACCAGCCCAUUGACUUGCACAGCUCUUCCAUAAGCUAAUGGAUCUUUUAUCAAUGGGGAAGUCCCAUGCAGUGAUCACUACAGGGGGUGUUGAACUUGUUCUCAUCCAAAACAGAAAAGUGUGAUGAAUGAGCAAUCUUGAUUCUGAGAUAGUGAGGAAUAAUUCAACAAAAAAGACAACUUCUAAGAGGGCUCAAAAUAACCUGCUUUCCAUAUGACAAUAUCACAUAUUUGACAGAACAUCACACAUAGCGCUGUUCAGUGCACAUUUGCAACUGCUAAAAAAGGACAGCCAAGAUGAUUUGCAUCCCUUAAUGCUUCAGAGGCUGAUGAGGACUUAACCUCAAUGCAUUCUUUUUUGAUGCCGUUUGAAUUUGUCAUUCCCUAUGACAUUAAUUUUCCGGAAUAUAUUUCAAGUGUAGUUUAGAAUUAUAACAUAACACCUUUAGCCUAUUGCCACAGUAUGAGUAUUUGUACAGAAGAAAAUCUGGAAGACUUUUCAGUUGUGCUGCAGAAUCAUACUUAAACUGGAUUAACAUAAUAUGAAGCUUUUUUAUUAACAUUAUAAUUAGCAUCAAGUUCAAUGCAUGUUGAUUUAUGUGUUUAUACUUUUAUGUGAAACUUUUUUCUCUUUCUUUCUGUAUUAGAAUGGCAGUAAAAUCACAGCAUAUUAUUUUAGUAAGGUAACAGUUUGUCUUCUAGAUUUUGUGUGAUGUACAGAUUUAAAUAUAAUGCAUACCUCUACUAGUUUCAGUGUAAAUGUUAUAUUGUGGUACCAGUAAUGUCUACUUAGCUACAGUUAGCUGUUAGGUAAAGCCUUUGUUUUGAAGAGAGGAGAUGUGGGAAGAAUGGUAAAUGUAAAAUGUAAUUGUGUGAUCAAAAGGCAUUAUUUUGAAUAAAUCACCAGUACUCUCACAACAAAUACAUCACACAUUUCUCAAAAUCUGAAUUCAUAAAAACUUUACAAUUCUGCAACUAUAUCAGAAUGCAAGUAAAAAACAAUGUAACAACUCCUAUCAAGCAGAGGGAAAACAGUAAAUAUAAA